ACCCCAACCUGCCAGAUCUGCCUGCUGCUGGAGCCGGAGUUGAGACACCCCACCUGGAAAUGAAGGUCACCUCCUUAGCCCUCGUAACACUGCUCUUUGCCGCUCUCUGGAUGGAAGCCCACUCAUUCAGCUUUGAUAGGAAACUCAACACCUGCUGUUAUGCAAACAAUUUUGUCAGAAAACCGAUCGCUCCAAAACUGAUCCAGAGUGACAGACCCACAGACCGUAGAUGCUCCCGCCAGGCCGUGAUUGUGGUGUUACGAAGGGGGAAGGAAGUCUGUGUCGAUCCCAGUGCGGAAUGGUUCAAGACGUACAAAGAAAACCAGAAAAACUCCUUAAAGAAACUUGGCCUGCGGGUCUGA